CCCACUUAAAACUGGAACAUUUGACAAACCAUCUCAGCUCCACAUUAUGAUCUCCAUGCAGAAAGCAUAUUUCUUUGUCGUAAUAUUUGCAACUGCAGGUGUGUUGUACAAAUGCUGGGAUUUAGAAGGCUAUUCCUCCAUUCAAAGGUACAUGCUUGGAAUAUUGCAUGUAAAAAACGGAUAUGGUUCUGAAAAAGAUGAUCCUGAUCUUGCAUUCUUGUACCAGAAUCCCGGGAUUACAUUUCUGGAGUCGACUGACAACGUAGAGCCGCCACCAUUAGUGGUGUGUUCAGUGGAGUCUGCUGCUCUCCGAAACCCAGACAAACCAAUCUAUUACUUCAUGAAGGGAUUCAGUGGCAACUUGAGCCAGUAUCCACAGCCUGAGUACAAAGUCAUCCCAUUGCUCUCCUCAGUGAGGAAUGUCACCAUUCUACCCUUGAAUCUCACUGAACUGUUCGAAGACACUCCAUUGAAAAGCUGGUAUCAAAAGGUAAAUCCACAAAAGGAGAGGUUUUGGACUCAUGUACUUGCUGAUGGCUGCAGGUUAGCGUUGAUCUGGAAAUAUGGAGGAAUCUACCUGGAUACUGACAUUAUAUCACUGAGGUCUAUGCCAUUCGAUAACUUUACCUGUCCACAGACCCCAAACGUUUUCAGUAAUGGAGCAAUGGGUUUCUAUCAGAAGCAUCAUCCCUUUUUGUGGAAUUGCAUGGAAGAUUUUGUGGCCCAUUACAUUGGACAUGUUUGGGGUCAACAAGGUCCUCGACUGAUCACCCGUGUGCUGAAGAGAUGGUGCAAUACUACUAAACUAGCCACCUUCAUUGGCAAGGAAUGCAAUGGUAUCUCUAUAUGGAUCUCAAAACGUUUCUAUCCAAUCCAAUAUUCAGAAUGGCAGAAGUACUUUGCUCCCUGGAAAAAGAAGCAUAUAGAACGGGUCUUUUCCAAUACGUAUGGAGCACAUGUCUGGAACUUCAUGAAUAAACACAAGAAAAGAAAAGUUGCUGCUGGAAGUGGAUCAUUAAUGGAACAUUUCUUCCAGUUGCAUUGUCCAAAUACAUACAAAAACUUAAUUUAA